UUUCUCAGUCUUCUUAUUGCUCGGCUCGCUGCCUUAUCUUUGCGCAGUUUCUUCCUACAAAUAUAUACGGAGUAUAUUUUAUAUUGAAGAGAGAAAACAAAAAAAAUAGAGAGAUUACUAAAACCAAGUGAAUUAAUUUAAUUUCUUUGAGGAUUUUUGGGUAUUUUUGUUGGGAAGAAUUGAAGAAGAAGAAGAAGAAGGUAAGGAAGAAGGAAGAAGAUGGGAGUUUGGAGAUUAUUUGAAGUGGCGUCGAUGCCAAUAGUUCAAGUGUUGAUAAUAAGUGUAUUGGGAGCUUUGAUGGCCACUGAUUAUUUCAAGCUUCUUCCCCCCGAAGCUCGCCGAUCCCUUAACAGAGUACGUUUUCGGCUUUACUCCCCUCUUCCUCCCCCCUAUCUCUUUGUCUUCUUCUUUUUUUUUUUUNUGAAUUAAUUUAAUUUCUUUGAGGAUUUUUGGGUAUUUUUGUUGGGAAGAAUUGAAGAAGAAGAAGAAGAAGGUAAGGAAGAAGGAAGAAGAUGGGAGUUUGGAGAUUAUUUGAAGUGGCGUCGAUGCCAAUAGUUCAAGUGUUGAUAAUAAGUGUAUUGGGAGCUUUGAUGGCCACUGAUUAUUUCAAGCUUCUUCCCCCCGAAGCUCGCCGAUCCCUUAACAGAAUAGUGUUUUCGAUUUUUACGCCGUCGCUUAUGUUUGCAAGCCUGUCACAAACCAUAACAAUGAAAGACAUCAUUUCAUGGUGGUUUAUGCCCAUUAGUAUUGGGCUAACCUUUUUAUUUGGAGGAUUUUUUGGAUGGAUUGUUGUGAAGGAAAUUUGGGAAAUCUUCUCUUAAUCAUCAUUCCUGCAAUAUGUGAAGAGGACGGAAACCCCUUUGGUGAUAAAUCAACUUGUUCUACCAUUGGUUUGUCCUAUGCCUCCUACUCAAUGGCGCUUGGAGGUUUCUACAUAUGGACUUACACAUACCAAUUGAUAAGAAGUUCAUCUUUGAGGCUAAGAGCACAGCUAGCAGCUGAAGCCACUAUGGUAUUCAAGGAACCAAACAAGGACUUAGAUGCAAAUGAAAAGUCUUUCCUCCUUGAGAAUGAAGCUCCUCAAGAACAUCUUCCAAUUAGUGUCCUACCAAUAAAAUCAACACAAAAUGACGCCGAAAAUCCAAUUAAUGAAUCACUAGAGGCCAACAACAAGUUGAAGAAGCAAGAUGGUGCAUCAUUCUUGAGUCAAGUGAUUGGGAUUCUGCACUCAAUUGUGGAGGAGUUGAUGGCACCCCCAACUAUUGGAGCUAUCUUAGGAUUUCUGUUUGGGGCUGUCACAUGGCUGAGGAACCUAAUAAUUGGUGAGAGUGCUCCUCUUAGAGUAAUCCAAGACUCUGUCAAACUACUUGGGAAUGCAACUAUCCCAUGUAUCACCCUUAUCCUGGGAGGCAACCUCACACAAGGUUUGCGCAAUGCGAAGGUGUCGCCAUUAGUGAUUGCGGCGGUUCUGUGCGUGCGGCAUAUCUUCAGUCCCCUGAUUGGGAUUGGCAUUGUUAAGGCUGCCUCCCACUUAGGCCUCCUUCCGCCCGAUCCCCUAUUUCACUUUGUCCUCAUGAUUCAAUUCACCAUGCCGCCCGCCAUGAAUAUCGCAACCAUGACACAACUGUUUGAUGUAGCACAAGAAGAAUGUUCAGUGCUUUUCUUGUGGACUUAUUUGGGUGCAGCACUUGCACUUGCCUUGUGGUCAACUGUGUUCAUGUGGAUCUUGUCAUCAUCAUGAUAUAUGGCAUUCAUUUUUUUUAUUUAUUUGUAUGGUGCAUUAGGUAAUUGUACAAUAUUCAUUUUUCGGGCGGAAAAUGCUACAUGUACAUUACGCUUACUUAAAACUUACAUCACAACCAAAAUAUUAAAUUACAUAGACAAAUUUUUGUGAUUUUGAAAUUUGUCUCUGUAUUUCAAAUUUUGGGGAGUGAUUUAAGCGUAAUGUACGUGUACUUUUCCUGGCCUUUUUCGAUUGGGGUUUUAGUAGUGUGUUUGUGGCAAAAAUAAUACUCCUACAUCACAAUGUAUUGUACCUAGUUUGAUUGGGGAUGUGAAUGAAUACUAUAAUGAUGA